GGAGCAUUAAAGUGACAUCGUGCUAUUGCUUCCUCUUCCUCUUCAAGAUUUCUUACCAAACACAACAACAACAAUGGCGGUUUAUCAUCUCCUCCUCUCGACCUCUCCUUCGCUUGCUCUUCCUCCUCGCCGUCCUAACUUCAGCUCAAACCGCCGGAUACCAGCUCACCCUCGUCUCACUAAACUCCCCAGCUCGCCGCCUUCUUCCUCUCUACCGGCAAUUCGGAAAACACUCGUCCGUAGCACUCUCCGGGAAGACCCGGUCUCUCCAGACGCAGAGUCUCCAACUCUGCUGAUCGGAGAAGACUCUGCUGCUUUCGAAUUAGGCAAACAGAAGCUUGUUUCCUGGGUUUAUUUCGGCGUUAUCCUUGGAGUCGUCCUCUACGUCCUCAACGUUGUUUGGAUCGAUAACUCCACCGGUUUCGGAAAAUCGUACAUCGACGCCGUCUCCACCAUCUCCGGCUCACCGGAGGUGGCGAUGUUGAUGCUUAUCCUCAUAUUCGCAACUGUGCAUAGUGGAUUAGCGAGUCUGAGAGAUGUAGGAGAGAAACUCAUAGGCGAACGAGCAUUUCGUGUUCUCUUUGCUGGUGUCUCUCUUCCUUUAGCUAUGAGCACCAUUGUUUUCUUUAUAAACCAUAGGUACGAUGGGUCACAGUUAUGGCGGCUUCAGGGUGUUCCCGGUGUCCAUGAAGCUAUUUGGGUCGCUAACUUUGUGUCCUUCUUCUUUCUCUAUCCUUCAACUUUCAAUCUCCUGGAGGUGGCUGCUGUUGAUAAGCCCAAGAUGCAUCUGUGGGAGACUGGCAUCAUGAGAAUCACUCGUCAUCCUCAGAUGGUUGGACAGAUCGUUUGGUGUUUGGCACAUACUCUCUGGAUUGGAAACUCAGUAGCUGCAUCCGCUUCUCUUGGCUUGAUUGCACACCAUUUGUUUGGAGCGUGGAAUGGAGACAGGAGAUUGGCUAAAAGAUACGGAGAUGCUUUUGAAGGGAUCAAGAAGAGAACGAGUAUAAUUCCGUUUGCCGCCAUUAUUGAAGGACGCCAAGUUUUGCCUGAGGAUUACUACAAAGAGUUUGUUAGGUUGCCUUAUCUUGCAAUCACGGCGUUAACAGUUGGUGCCUAUUUUGCUCACCCGCUAAUGCAAGGUGCAAGCUUCAGGCUUCAUUGGUAGAUUCUUUGUAUUGUUUCCUGGUAUGCUUAAAGGGGGAAGUUCAUCCUAAAAACUUCUCAAGAAACAAUGUAUAAUUACUUAACUAGAAGAAAGAAAUGUAUAAAUACAAAAAAAAGCUACUGCUUGUGAUA